UUUUAUAUUUCCUAGACAAAAAGUUGUUGAACUAAGUCGACGAUCGAAGUUGCUUAACCUAUUUUGGUGAUGUCUUCGCAUAACCUGAAACAAGGAACUCUAAACAAUUUCUUAAAAAGAAAAGAACCAUGUUCAAGUGAAAUUCCAUCUAGUAAUCGAGCUAAAAAAAUGGAUACUAUUACAAGGUCAUCCAUCUGUACCCCUGAUGGUACCCAAAACAUUUUCAAGUCUAGAGAUUUGAUAUACGAGGCGGCUUUAAAAUCCCUACAACCAAAUAAUGAGUCUCGAAAGAUGAUAGCUCUAUGUGGGAUGGGUGGUAUCGGCAAGACCACAAUGAUGGAACAACUAAAGAAGGAAGUGGAGGCUUCAAAUUUUUUUGAUAAAGUUGUGAAGGUGGUUCUUGGUGAAAACACUGACCUAGUUGCUCUUCAACGAGCUACGGCAAAAUGCAUUAAUCUUGAGGAUAUAAAAGAAGAAGCUAUAGAUGCAAGGGCUGAUCGUCUUCGAAAAAUAUUUGAGGGGAUGUCAAAACAGGGAAAGAAAACUUUAGUAAUAAUGGAUGAUAUUUGGAGUGAGGUCGACCUCAAUGAUGUUGGACUAAGGCCUUUUCCAACUGGGUUCAAGUUGUUAUUCACGUCACGGUCUGAAUAUGUUUGCACUCAGAUGGGUGUUAAAACUGACUCAGUUUUCAAAUUGCGCGUCUUAGAUGUAGCAGAAGCAAAAGCUUUAUUUUUUGGAAUUGUGGGAAUAUCUAUGUCUGAUCAUGAUGAUCCUGAGCUCCAUAAGAUAGGAGAAGAUAUUGUGAAUAAAUGUGGGGGCUUGCCCAUUGCCUUGAAUACCGUUGCCAAAAGUCUUAUUGGUAAGAAAAAUGAGGCAUGGAAAGAAACACUUUCUAGUUUACAACAAAAUGUCCUUAAAGACAUCGUGCAUAAAGUUUUUGGAAUGAGCUACAACAAUCUUGAAAAUGAAGAUGAUAAAUCUAUUUUUCUUCUAAGUGGCUUAUUUCCGGAUGACUUUGAUAUUCCUAUUGAGGACUUGAUGAGGUACGCAUGGGGACUGAAGUUGUUUACUAACGUGUAUACUUUAGCAGAAGCUAGAAGGCGAACAAUCGUUUGUGUUAACAACCUCAUACAUGUGAACUUGUUGACACAAAGUAAAUGCAUGGGAUGCGUAAAGAUGCAUGAUCUGGUGCGUGUUUAUGCUUUAAGUAAUUUUACAAAAGUGAAACAAGCUUCAAUAAUCUACCAUGAUAAUAUGUUAGACCAAUGGCUUAUAGAAGAUGCUAACGAAUCCUAUGAUAGAAUUUUGUUAAAGAGCAAAGGUAUUAAUAAAUUUCCAUUCGACUUCAAUUACCCAAAUCUCUCACUCUUGAUUGUAAUGGAUGAAUAUAACCUCCUUAAGUUUCCGCAAGAUAUUUAUAAAAAAAUAGAAAAUCUUGAGGUUGUGUGUUAUGAGAAAAUGGGUAUUCCAUUGCUUCCGGUAAUGUUCGAAAACUCAACCAAACUUCGAACCUUAUGUCUUCGUUCAUGCUCAUUGAUUGAUGAUAUAUCUUUUCUUGGACAUCUAAGCAACUUGGAAACAUUGAGCUUUGUAGAUUGUCGAAUAAGAAGGUUACCAUCGAUGAUAGGAAAGUUGAAAAAACUGAAGUUACUUGAUUUGACUGGAUGUGUUGACCUACGUAUUGACGAUGGUGUCUUUCAAAACUUGGAUAGCCUUGAAGAACUGUAUAUGAGAGCUCAUACAGGUAGUCCAAUAAAAUUCACAGAUGCCAAUUGCGACGAGUUGGAGAUACUUUCACGGAGGCUAUUUUCAUUAGAGUUGGAGUUCUAUGAGAAUAAGGCCCAACCGAAAAAAGUGUCUUUUGAAAACCUUGAAAGGUUCAGAAUAUCUAUUGGUUGUCAACUGUCAUUAUUGAGAUAUGACGGAAAAUAUUCAUUCAGAAACACAAUUCAGUUUGUUGGUGAGUGCAACAAGCUUCUAGAAUGCAGUAUUAGUGACCUAUUUGAGGAAACAGAGGAACUUCAUCUUCAAGUAGAUGAUAUGCAUCAUCUUGAGAAUGUUUCAAUGCAUCACUCAUUUUCCAAUUUACGGAUCCUUCAUGUUUUUGGGUGUAAAGAGUUGACAUACCUCUUUACGGUUGCCAUGGUAAGUGGUUUGAAGAAAUUGGAGCAACUUGAAAUUUCCAAUUGCCCUGUUUUGAGAACACUGGUUGGUGAGGAUUGUGGAGUUGGGGUGAUUAUCUUCCCGUAUUUAAAAUAUAUGUAUUUAGAGGAACUGCCAAACAUGGUAAGUUUAUCCGUUACGAUGAUUGAGUUACCAGAAAUGGUAGAGUUGAAACUUGGUACUCUUCCUAACUUCACGAGCAUUUAUCCAGACAACGGUAAUCCAUGUGCUAUACAAUCCUUAUUGAACAAAAAGGUUGUGAUACCUAAGUUGGAGAAAUUAGAUAUUUUUUAUAUGGAGAACUUGAAGCAGAUAUGGCCGUCUCAAAUGUCUACUGCUGAGAAAAAUAAUGUAAACAUGUUGAGAAUGAUCAACGUGUACAUGUGUGAUAGCCUUAUCAAUAUUUUUCCAAACAAUCCAUUGCCAAUGCUAAACAAUUUAGAAGAGUUUGAGGUUUCAAAUUGUGGUUGUUCCAUUGAAGUAAUAUUCAACAUCGACUUUGAAAAUGUUAGUGAAAUGGAGGGAUACAUUAGCAGAUUAAGAAGCAUUAGAGUCGAAGGGUUAGUGAUGCUUAAAGAGUUGUGGAGGAUAAGAGGUGUAAAUAACUCUAACAUCCUCAUCAAUGGCUUUCAAGCUGUACAAAGCAUUAAUAUAAGUGGUUGCAAGAGGUUUGAAAGUACAUUCACACCUGUCACAGCCAAUUUUGAUCUCAGUGCACUUACCGACUACAUCGUUGAAGGGGUUGGCCUUCCCAAUUCCACACCCAUGAUUAAUGUAAUAUCAGAGGUGGAUGACGAUAUUUCGAAUGUUACAUACCUCUCUUAUCUUCUGCCCACCUGUCAUCACCUUCAACGUCUUCGAUUAUGUAGUGAUGAAAGAGUGUCGGGGGUGUUGUUUGAUAUGGAUAGUCAAAGUAGUAGGCAAUUAGCAACAAUUCAACCGCCACUACUACUCCCCUACCUUCAAAGUAUAGAUCUAUACAAUUUGAAGGAGACAAGUCAUGUGUGGAAGUGCAAUUGGAAUAAAUUCUUAAUUCCUCAACAUCAACCUUUACAAUUUCCAUUCCAAAGCCUCACAGACAUAUUUUUGCAUUCUUGUCACAAGUUAGAGUACUUGUUUUCACCUCUUAUGGCAAAAUAUUUAUCCAACUUAAAGAUUGUCAGUAUAAAUGAUUGCUAUGGUAUUGAAGAAGUUAUUUCUAGCAGAGAUGAUGAAAAUACUACAUCCACAUCUUCUUAUCAAGACACCACAUUCUUUCCUCAUUUAGAGACUCUCCAGCUUGCAUCUCUGCCAUCUCUAAAGAGUGUUGAUGGUCAAACCCAGAGUGGUCAAGUAAACGGUGCUUGUUGGUCAUUGUGCCAAUACCCCACAAAGAUAUCCAUAAUAAGGUGUGCUGCAUUGUUAAUUCUAAUUCCAUGGUAUGCAGUAGGACAAAUGAACAAGCUUCAGGAACUGGAAAUAAUGUCUUGUGAAACAAUGAUGGAGGUAUUUGAAAGUGAAUCAAUCAAUCAUGUUGAUGGAGGUACAUGUAGUGUUGUUGGUCCUACAUUAGCAAGUCCACCACUAAGAAAUGUUACUAUUGUAGUUGUCCCUCAACUCUCCAACUUAACAAGUGUGUCUAUUAGUGAUUGUCAUUGUCUGCCACAUCUAUUCCCAUUCGCUACUCUUGAAAGCCUCAAGCAACUGAAACAAUUAAUGGUAAGUGGAUGCAAGGCAAUGCAAGUGAUUGUAAAAGAAGAAAAUGAAACGUCAUCAAAAGUUGUAGUGUUCCCUCGUCUGGAGACACUUGAACUUGGUCAUCUACCAAACCUCAAGGGUUUCUUCUCGGGGGUGAAUGAGUUCCAAUGGCCCUCAUUGAAUGAUUUAUAUAUCAAUCAUUGCCCUCAAUUGAUGAUGUUUACAUAUGGUCAGUCAACAACUCCAAAGCUCAAAUACAUACAUACAAGUUUUGGCAAAUAUAGUCUUGAAUGUGACCUAAACCUUCAUGGAACUAUUCGUCAGACGACAAUCCCAACUUCUUUCGAUUUUCAUAGUUUGGUAGAGUUAUCUAUAAAUAACAGGGAUGUUAAAAAGAUUAUUCCAUCACAUGCGUUGCAACAAUUACAAAAGCUUGAACAUAUUAAUUUAGUUGAAUGUCAUUUGGUAAAUGAGGUAUUUGAAGUAGUAGCAUCGGAAAAGACAAACAAUGGUGGUUUCAAUGCAUCACAAACUGUUGUCCAAAUUCCAAACCUAACACAAGUGAAGUUAGAGAUGCUAAAGAAUGUCAAGUAUUUAUGGAAGAGCAACAAAUGGAUGGUCCUGCAGUUUCCAAACCUAACAACUGUACACAUAAUAAGGUGUGAAAAGUUAAAACAUGUUUUUACAUGUUCCAUGGUUGGUAGUCUAGUGCAACUACAAGACCUACAAAUCAGUUUUUGUAGAAAUAUAGAAGUGAUUGUCAAGAAAGAAGAAGAAGAAUGUGAUGUCAUGUUACCUCGUCUAAACUCCUUAAAACUAGUUGGCCUUCAAAGUCUCAAGGGAUUUUGCCUAGGGAAGGCCGCUUUCUCAUUGCCAGCUCUGGAUACUUUAGAAAUCAAUAGAUGUCCAUCAAUUACAUAUUUCACCAAGGGACACGUGUCUACCCCUGAGCUAAAAGUAAUACAUACAAAUUAUAUGAUUUGUUGUGUAAAGACAAACAUCAACUCCUUUAUAAAGACCAAACAAGAGGAGGGGUGUGAAUUCUAGAACAAGAUCAUAUGUUUUCUCUGCAAGGUUCUAUAAGGUACGUUUUUUUAUAAGUAACAUUAUAACUGUCUAGAUGUAUUCUAAUGUCUGUUACACUGGAUAUAUAGUUGUGCACAGAUUAUUAGUAAUGUUUUGGAUCAGAAUUAACAUAAAUGUAGCAGUCCUGUAUGAAAGUAAACAACAAAUUGACUUAUGUUCAACUUUUAUUAGUUGAAUAUCUUUAUGUUUCUAGGAUGGAAGGGACUAAAUAGACUAAACAAGGAACCUAAUAAAUAUUAUGAAGAGGUGGAACUGCUACACUUUGACUUUUGACGUCAAACAAGGUAUUGUUUAAACACAAAAUUCCUCCCAAUAAUUUGUUAGAACUUUAGCACCAACAACUUCCCGUGUCUUGUACAUGGUAUUGGGUUUUACAUAAUUGUACGUCAAAUGUCAAAGAAAUACUUAUCAAUUCAUAUUUCACAAGUUGACCAUCUGACAAAGACAUUAUAAUCCCUUUUUUUGGAAGAUAA